GUGAGUCAAACAGUCCCACGCGAGCUGCCGGUUGUUUGCGGUUAAAAAUUCUAUUGUCUCUUCAUUUAUUACUGUGUUUUACUCAUUUUUUUUUUCUACUAUUUAUCUGUGUAUAAUAAGUGUGACAAUAAUUAUUAUAAUAAUAAACUACCAACAAAAAAUAAACAUCAAAUAAAUAAAAUAAAAUAUAGUUUUAAAAUAUUAUUAACAUUUUCUUUAAAUUAAAUAUUAAUCAAGUUACUUUACAUAUGUAAUAUCGAUCAAACUGUAUAUGUCUUUUCAAUGUUUAUCGGAUUCUUUAUAUUUAUAAAUUUUUUUUUAUGCAAAUUAGUACUUGUCAAUGCGGUCAAACAUAAAUCAUAACUAACCAAAUAACCCUUGCUUAUAAAACAAUAAAAUUAUAAUAAAAUUAGUAAACAAAAAAAUUAAAAAUAUAGUUAAAAAAAAUAUAAGUGCGUAUGUUUACUUGUGUCGUGACAAACAAGUCAUCGGAAAAUUUAAUAAAAAAACAAAAAAGAUAAGAUUUCAGGUAUUUUCUUAUGUCGAAAUGAAAGUGAUACACAAGUUCUGAAAGUAACAAGGAAAUAAGAUAUGUCGUGGUUUUAUAAUCAACACAAGAAAGGUAAUAUAAGGUUAUCUAAGUGACGAUGAACCAGCUGAUUUUUGUUUAUCUCAUAAAUAGAAUGAUAAUAAUCAUUACAAAGUGAUAUAAUAAUAGAAGAAACAAAAAGUUCAGUCAAAUAUUUAAAAAUGGGACAAUACUGGCUGAAUGUUGCUGUUCUCAGGAUCGUCAUACCUGUGACCUUCACAGCAUGUGUGAUAUGGCGACCCAGUGGAUUGUCGUUAAUUUAUCUACUUCUAAUGUUGCUAUCACCAUUAGUGCCAAUUCCAACUCAUGAAACAAUGAAUGCUUCAACUGGUCGAUAUUUCAAAGCCAGUAUAGCACUAUGUUUUAUCAAUGCUCUUUUACAGCUUGCAUUUCAAAUUGUUCUUGUUGCAUUACCACGAAUUCAUGAUGAAUUUAAAAUAAAUUGUGGAUUAUUUGAAAAAAUAUUUCGACAUGCUGGUUUAGUUCGUCUUGAACAAGCAACAGUAUGGGAAGUUGUUUAUUGGCUUUUACCAGAAAUAGUUGCUUUACCAGUGACAAUAAUAUCAUAUUGUUUAUGUCGUAAAUUUACAUGGAAAAGUCAAUCAGAUCCUGAAAUAACACCACGACGUUCAUCACCAAAUACAGCAUCAAAAAUCAUUGAAGAUGCUAAUACAAAAAUUAUAAAUUUUUUUGGUAUUAUUGGAACAUAUAUUGUUCUAGCUUCAUUGUGUCUUGUUGCAUCAUUAAAUCCAUCAAUUGAAGGUGGUUUUUAUUUUAUAAUAUUUUUAUCAUGUGCAACAUGGUGGAGUUGUCACAAAGAAUUACAACGUGGUUUUGCAAUAAUAUGUAGAAUUGUAAUGCUUGUUGUUAUAUUAAAUAUAACAUCAUUAAUGGCAUAUCAAAAUCAAUGGCCACAAGAGUUUAUCGAAAUUAAUUCAACAUGGUCAAGAUAUUUUGCACUUGAUGCAUAUUAUUCAACAAAUUGUUCUGAUCCACGUAAUGUUUUUUCAUCUGAUUAUUCAGACUGGACAAAUUAUGGAUAUUCAAUUAGAUUAUUUUGGCUAUAUUUCGUGCUUGCAUUACAAUCACAAUAUUUAUUUAAAAAACCGAAUGAUGAUGAUGAAGAUAGAAAUCGUGGAAAAUUAAGGAAAUUGGAUACAAAUAUAACACAACGACAUAUUUCUAUUAGGAGAAGAACACCUUCUCAAAGGUGGCAAUCAGCCAGGCGAAAGGCACGCAAGCAGCCUACUGUCACUCCUCCGACUCAACCGGACGAAAGAACUCCUAGGGACUUUUUAAAUAUUGCUGGAGAUUAUACUGAUACGCUAAUGCGAUUUGGAUCUGGUCGUACUGGUUUACUUCAAGACUCAAGAGGAAGUGUAACAGUUGAUGGACCACAUGAAGAUUCAAUUCAAAUGCAAUCAUUGAGUGAAGAAAUACCAGAAGAUAAUCCAGGUCCAAUUGAACAUAUAAUAAUGGCUGUAUAUUCAAUAUUUCAACUUGUUGUUAAUUCAUCAUAUCUUGCAACAAAUAUCAUCAUGAUGACUUGGAGUAUAAUGUAUCACAGUUGGACAACAUUUAUAUUUUUACUUUGGGCAUUAACACUAUGGAUGGUACCAAAUAAACGUGCAUCAAUGAUGAAAUGUUCACCAUUUAUUGUAUUUUAUGGUACAAUACUUGUCAUUGGUGGUUAUAUUUAUAGUUUAAAUUUAACUGAAGAUGAAUUACCAACAGUAUUUUGGAAUAUUCAAAUGUCAGAAAUUGGCUUUAGUAAAUUAAAUGAAUCAAACACUUGGCAUUUAGUUAUUAAAUCUGGUUUUAUGACAAUGUUUUGGAUAACAAUGCGUCAAUAUAUGGCUGAAAUUAAAAAAAAUAAACGUACAUCAGCAUUACGUGAUAUGGCUGCACCAUUACAUUUAUCUGUAUCAGCAGCAGCAGCAACAACAAGUAUGCAAAAUGAUAGUGUUGAAAUAAAAAGUCAAUUUAUGAAAGACGUUGGUAAAAUAAUCAAAAAAUUAUUAACAAAAUUUUGGAUUGUUGUUGUUGCAAUAAUGUUAUUUACAAGUGGUAUUACUGGUGAACAAAUGACAGUAUUUAGAAUAAUUUACAUGUCAUUAUUUUUAAUAUUUGUUAUAACUUUUCAAAUAACAUGGUCAGGUUGGCGUAAAAUGAUGUAUAUGUUUUGGAUAACAGUCAUUGCAUAUUCAGUUAUAAUGUUAAUUCUUGUAUAUACAUAUCAAUUUAAUAAUUUUCCACAAUUAUGGACAAAAUAUUUAUUAAUUGAUGAUAAUUUACAAAAAGAUAUUGGUCUUGAAAAAUAUGAAACAAAAGAUUUAUUUGUACGUUUAUUAACACCAACAUUUUUUGUUAUAAUAACAGUAUUACAAAUGCAUUAUUUUCAUAAUGAUUUUCUUGAAGAAACAAAUAUUGAUAAAAUAAAUAUUGAUACAAUAACAAAACGUGAAAAUUUAUAUAUUGCACCAAAAAAUAUUGUAUCAACACUUGAUGUAUUACUAGUUAAUGAUGGUGAUGAUGAUGAUGCUGCUACUGCUGCUCAACAAUCAACAACAAUGUAUACAUUAAAACAGCUUAAACAAAUGUCAAAACUUGAAAGAAUUGCAUUAUUACGUCGUACAGUUUGUCAAUUAAAAAAUUUUUAUAAUAACAUAUGGCUUAUACUUGAAAUUCAUAUGGAAAAAAUUAUAUAUAUAUCAUUAAUGUUAUUAUGUGUUAAUGAUGUUUGUGCAAUUAAUUGGAUAUUUGUUAUUGUCAUUGUUGUUACAAUGAAUUUACGUAAAUCAUUACAAAUAAUUUCGAUAAAUAGUAUUGCAUUUGCAAUUGCUGUAUUGAUGGUUAUAAAAAUGUUGUAUCAAAUUAAAUAUAUUAAACAUGAAGAAUGGAAUGUUAAUUGUACAUCUGUUAAUGAAACAAAAAUUUAUAAUACUGCUGAAUGGAUUGGAAUGAAAAAAGCUGAUCCAGAUAAAUUAUUUAAUUUAUUAAAUGGUUAUAUAUUAAUAAUUGCAUUAACAACAUUGAGAGCUGUUAUAAUGGUACGUCAAUGUUUUUAUCGUCAAAGCCGUGGUGAAUCAUUGGACACACCAAGUGUUAUGUUUCCAAAUAUCAAAAGAAGCGAUGCUGAUAAAGGAAUAUCAUAUUGUCUUAAAUUUUUAUUAAAUUAUGGAUUUUAUAAAUUUGGUCUUGAAUUUUGUCUCAUGGCUAUUGUAACAUUAAUUGGUAAAAGACUUGAUUUUUUUUCUGUUCUAUAUGGCUUAUGGUUACUCAUGUUAUUUGCUAAAAACGUUUUUUAUUCAUCAUAAUAUUAUGCAAUUGUUGUUGCACCACCAACAUGGCUAUGUAUUUAUUAUCCAUGGAAUGAUUACACAAUACUUAAAGAACUACAAAAUUGGCUGUAUUUGCCAGAUCCUGAUAGACCACCAAAUCCACAUAUAUUAAUAUGUGAUUUUUUUUUAUUACUAAUGGUUAUUAGACAAAGUUUGGUAUUUAAAAUUGAAGAAAAAACGACAACUGAUGAUGAGCAUGAAUUUAUUGCUGGUCAUAAUUAUUCAGUAUAUCAAGAUAUGGAAAAAUUAAAUUUUAUAAAUCCAGUUAAAGAUUAUGUAUCACAUAUAAGAUGUUGGCUUGAUGUAUUAAAACGUGGUUUUAUGAUGAGUUUUAUGUGGAUAACAUUGUCAAUGAUGUUUCUUGCUGGUACUAAAAAAACAAAUUUAUUUUCACUUGGUUAUUUAAUUGGUGCAUUUGUAUUUUUAUGGCAAGGAAGUGAUUUUUAUUUACGUCCAGUUAAAACAAUAUUAAAAUGGUGGAAUAUUUUACUUGGUUAUAAUGUUUGUGUUAUAUUUUCAAAAGCAUUAUUUCAAGGACUUGGAUAUGUUUUAACAUCACAAUGGAAACAAUCAUGUCCAUUUAUACAAUUACUUGGUAUUGGUGUUGGUGUUUGUGGUGAUAUUAAAACAGAUAGUGAUAUGGUUUGGGAUGUAUUAUGUUUUGCUUGUUUAAUUAUUAUGAAAAGAUUAUUUAAAAGUUAUUAUUUCUUUCAUAUUGUUGAUGAAACAAAAGCAAUGAGUAUAUUAGCAUCACGUGGUGCUGAAUUACUUGAAGAUUUACAUAAAAAACGUAUUGAAUAUCAAGAAAAUGUUGAAAAAAAUGUACUUGAAAAAUUGAAAUUUAAAAUGGAUAAAAUUAAAGCUGAUCAACAAAGAAUUCAAGGACCAAGUUAUCGUGAGCCAUCAACACACAAAGUUGAUACGCUGUUUCCACAUGACCGACCAUUGUACAGACGUCAUGCACCAGAUUACAACAGACAGGCUGUUAGAUCUGGUGACUACUACAUGUUUGAUGAUUUCGAGGAUGAAGAUGUUACUGAUUUACUGCCAGAUCCACAAGAUGAAUUUGAAGAAGAAGAACGUCGACGUCAACAACGUCAACGUGGUCGACGAAUGACUGUAUCAGAGCUGAUGACAACACUCAUUAAGACAGACAUAGAGAUUGCUACACACGUUGCCAUGUAUGGUGGUACCCAGAAGGAUGCAUUGAGACUAAGACGACAAAGUGCACCAUUGACUAGGAAGAAAUCAUCGGUGUCUUAUUUGAGUGCAAGAUCAACAAGUGAUUCUGCUGCUGCGACAACUGAUGCUGAUAGAACGAGUCUACCGUCAAUGGAAGUUGAUGAUAUAGAGAGAGAAAUGAAAAAUGAUGACAUGACCCAUCCAGGUGAUGACGAUGAUGAAGAAAAGUCUGAUACACCAAAAAAUAUUUCUCUACUUACGUACUUCAAAUUUAUGAUCGAGUUUAUCAACAGUGCCAUGGUAUCAGCCACAAGAUAUCUCAAUAAAUUCUCACGAGAUUACAGAUACAUCAGAAAAGUUCUUGCAAAAGAGAAAAAAAUUUUAAAAGCUAAACCAGAUUUUCGAAGAGGCAUGAGACUUGGGAUAAAUCAAAUUUGGCAACCAAUUCCUCUAAUAAAAGAGAGAUCAGAUACUGAGGGAAGCACAGAUGAGACAACAGAUGGUGAGGCUCAAAAUCAGCUAAAAGAACAGGACGACAGCUCAAUAUUAUCAAGGCCACCAGUGAUAAAUCCAGUUGAAGAAGAUCAACAACCAGAGCUAUCAGAAGUUGAUCAGCCACCAAUUAUUCAACUUCUUGCUUCAAUGUGGUUUGGAAUAUUAGCACAUUCAACAUUCAUGUGUUAUUUUACAAUUUUUAUUCAUCAAAUUAAAAAUGCAUCUGUUUUAUCAACUCCUUUGCCACUUAUGGUAUUUUUCUGGGGUUCAUUAACUGUUCCAAGACCAUCAAAAACUUUUUGGGUUACUGUGAUUGCUUAUACUGAGGCAAUUGUCAUUGUAAAAAGUAUAUUUCAAUUAGAACAAAUACCUUGGACUGAUGAAAUAAAAAGUCGUCCAGCAAAAAUAAUUGGCAUUGAAAAACAAACAGAUUAUGCAUUUUGGGAUCUUUUAUUAUUACUCAUGGUAUUUUUUCAUCGAUAUAUGCUAAAAGCACUUGGACAAUGGACAACUCCUUACAAUGCAAGAAAAAUAAUACCAUCAAAAAUAACAUUAUCAUCAUCAUCAAAAAAAAAUACAACCAAUACAAAUGGUCAAUCAGAACCAACAAGAUUUCAUUGGCAAAAUGAAGAACAUUUACGUAAUGAUACACCACACAGUUCAAGUCAAGAUGUAACAACAACAACAACAGCAACAGUAGCAUCAACAUCACAUACACAAGAUAAACCAGAAUCUUCUGGUGAUAAUCAUCAAGAUGAAGAAAAAAUAGUUAUUAAAGAUGAAGAAAUACAUCCAUGUGAUGAAAAUUUUUCAACAACAGUACAUUAUACAACAAUGAAAUAUUUAGAACCAGCAAAAAUAUUUUUAGAAAAUAUAUUGUCAACAGAUGGAAAAGAAAAAACAAAUGUUUAUGCAUACAUGUUUUUAUGUGAUUUUUUUAAUUUUAUAUUGCUAAUAUUUGGAUUUUCUGCAUUUGGUACACAACAAGAAGACGGUGGUGUUACAGCAUAUUUUCAAGAAAAUCGUGUACCAAUGCCAUUUUUAUUAAUGUUAUUAUUUCAAUUUACACUUAUUGUCAUUGAUCGUGCAUUAUAUUUACGUAAAUCAACAGCUGGUAAACUUGUAUUUCAAUAUUUUCUAAUAUUUGGUGUUCAUAUAUGGAUGUUUUUUAUUCUACCAAUAGUAACAGAUAAAGAUUUUAAUACAAGUUGGGCACCACCAAUUUGGUAUAUGGUUAAAUGUUUUUAUUUAUUAUUUGCUGCAUAUCAAUUACGUCUUGGUUAUCCAACAAGAAUACUUGGUAAUUUUUUGUGUAAAAAUUAUAGUAUGAUAAAUUAUUCUUUAUUCAAAGGAUUUAUGAUAAUACCAUUUUUAUUUGAAUUGAGAGCUGUUAUGGAUUGGAUAUGGACAGAUACAUCAAUGACAAUAAUGGAUUGGUUUAAAAUGGAAGAUAUAUUUGCAAGUAUUUAUCAAAUUAAAUGUAUGAGAGGUGUUGAAUCAGAUUAUCCACAACCACGUGGUGUUAAAAAAUCACAAGUAAGUAAAUACAUGACUGGUGGUGGUGCAUUAUUUGUUAUUAUUGGUUUAAUAUGGUUUCCAUUAUUAAUAUAUGCACUUGGUGGUACUGUUGGUGAUCCAAAUCCACCUUAUGAUGUAUCAUUAAGUAUUAAAUUUGGUUCACAUGAACCAAUAUAUACAAUGUCAUCACAAGAUUCAGAAAUUGUUAAUUAUACAGAAAAAGAUUAUAUUGAUUUAACAAAUAUUUAUAUUGGACGUAAAUACAGAUCAUCAAUGACAUUUUUAGAGAGUUAUUCAGCAGCUGAUGUAUCAGCAGUUAGAAUGUCAAAUUCAUCAAGAAAAAUAUGGGGUAUAUCACCACCAGAUAAAUUACGUUUAAAACUUGAACUUGAAAAAAAUACAACAAUGCAAAUACAUAUUGAAUGGUCUGUAUCACGUCAAACACAUGUUAAAGAAUUAAGUGAUACAACAAUUAAAACAAGAAAAAUUGAAUUUCCAGCAUAUAUUGAUGGUAAAUUAAAUCAAGAUAGACAAAAUUUAAUUAAAAUGUUAACAAAUAAUAGUGAACAAAAUAAUUUUAAUACAACAAUUGUAUUACAAAAUGUAUUUCCAAAAUUUUUAAAAGUUACUAAUCAAAAUGUUGAUCCAGUAUCACAAUUAAUGCAUAAUGAUACAUCAACAACAUUUGAUCCAGAUAAAGAUGUAUUUAGAAGUGUAACAUUAAAAUUAUCAACAGAUGAAACACAACAACAAUGGUGGAUGGUUAGUGAAAAAUGUGAUGAUCAAAUACAUUCAUCAUACUUGAGUCGUAUACCAUUAAAUGAUUGUGAAUCAUGGAUUAUGAUGUUUUUAUUUAAUGACAGAACAUUUCCACCUGGUUUAAAUUUUAUAAGUGGUUUUGGUAUACUUGGUUUAUAUACAACAGCUGUUAUUGUUAUAAGCCAAAUGAUGAGACGUAUUGUCAGUGAAAUGGCACCAAAAAUUAUGUUUGAUGAUAUGCCAUAUGUUGAUAGAAUAUUACGUCUUUGUUUAGAUAUUUAUUUAGUACGUGAAAGUGGUGAAUUAUGCUUGGAAGAAGAUUUAUUUGCUAAGCUAAUAUUCCUUUAUCGUUCACCUGAAACAUUGAUAAGAUGGACAAGACCACCUGAGUCAGUGGCAUCUGGUGAUAGAGCUGAACGUGAUGCUAAUGAUCUUGAUGAUGAUGAUGAUCAUGAUUUUGAUGAACUCACUGAUAACGUAAGAGAAAGAAGGCCAAAAACUGACUAAAUGUGUUUCAUAUAUAUGUAAUAGCUAUAAUAUUUUUUAAACUUCCUAGUCAUUUAAGUUUUUUUCUCUGACAAGUUAUAAAAGAUUAUUUGUCAUUUUUUUU